AUGACGGGACCUGUCCCCAUCCAGCACGCCAUGGCAAGUGACACGGGGCCCUCCAACGCCAUCAAACUGCUGCACCUGCUCGUCCUCUCCACCUCCUGGGGAAUGCAGGUCUGGGUGACCUUCGUGGCCGGGUUUGUGAUGAGCAGGCACCUCCCUCGCCACACCUUCGGCUCCAUCCAGCGCGAGCUCUUCCCCUACUACUUCCACAUCAGCUCCACCUGUGCCUUCCUCAGCCUGACCCUGUUUGCCAUGUCCCACCCCAGCGAGCAGCUCAGCCAGGAGCACAAGACCCAGACCAUCAUCUUCCUCGUGUGCAUCGCCGCCUCGGUGCUGAACACGCAGUGCUUCGGGCGGGCGGCCUCGGAGCUGGUGGCUGAGCUGCAGCGGGUGGAGCAGAGCCACGGGCUGGGGCAGGAGCUGGGGCUGGCAGCCAGGGAGCCCCGCCGGCAGCUCCGCGCCUCCGACCCCGCGUACCGGCGCCUGGCGCGCAGCUUCGCCCUGCACCACGCUCUGUCCUCGCUCUGCAACCUCCUGUGCAUCCUGUGCAACGGGCUGAGCCUGCGGCACCUGGCUGCCCAGCUCUCUGCCCUCUGAGGGCGCUGCCAGCUGCUGGCUGCACAGUGCCCAGCCCCUGCUGCCUCGCUGCAAAGCAGCCCCGGCUCUGGGCACCAAACUGCAGCAUCCUCGGGUGGAGACUCUUGCUGUGUUGAAAUUUAGGAAAUGUUUUCUCUAGAGCUGCCUGCAGCCAGCCUCUGUGAUGGAAGCAGGAGUGUUUUAUGGCUGAACAGCUUUCUAAUGCCCCGUGUCUAAAGCUACAGUGUGCUUUAGCCAUUUUACAUUCCUGCGGAAGAGAAAGAAAUGAGAGACUGAGAAUUACUUCUGAUUAAAAGCCAAACGCUAAUACAGAAGUCCAGAAGACCCUGCCUGUUAAUGUAAUGGAUAAAGGUGUUA